UACUGAGAUUAUAUAGAUGUGCUGCAUUGCCUGAUAUCCUAAUUAAUUCCCUAAUAAACGAGCGUAUAACACUACAAACCAUAAACCUCAUCAUUAUAAAUAGCAUUAUAAAUCGAAUCGCAGUCAAAUCGAAUCGGCACGACGUGACGCCAUAAUGGAACGUUUCCCAAUCGUUGUUUUUUUGUGUCUUUUGUGCUUCAGCUUGGUCAAAAUCGCCGGAACUCAAAAUACGACGAGCUCUACCUGCACCGAGGUAGGGUUCUUUGAAAUCGACGACGGAACAUGUAAGAACUAUUACAUGUGCAUAGACAAUGGCGUGACGCUGACGAAGAUGACACUGUCGUGUGCCAGCUCCGCUAUAUUCGAUCCCAUCAUGGGCAGAUGCGUGCCCGAAAAUAUGACUACGUGCCAGCAAACGCCACGCUGCUUACGAUACGGCAGAUUCCCGAUACAGGAUCCGUAUUGUAAGAUGUAUUUCCUAUGUUAUUGGAACGGCACCGGUUACACCAUGAUGAAUAACCUCACAUGCCCGAACACGCUAGUGUUCGAACCUACGUCGGAGAAGUGCGUAUCACCACAGAGAUACAUAUGUCCAACACAAUCAAAUUCCGCAGGAGAAUAUAUCGCAUAGAUACGAUUACAAUCUAUAUAGAAGAUAUAAUAAUGUAUGAAAAUCGAAACCGAUGUAUAUCAUUAUGUAAUAUUAACAAUUGUUAAAUAAUUUAUUAAAGUGCAGAAAUAAAUAAUUUUUGCGAAAUAAUCUUCUCUUAAUUAUAACAAAUAUAUAUUUAGUGAAUAGCAGAGAUAUUAUGGGUCUCUGAGAAGAUGGUGGAGAGAAAAAAAAAUGUCAGAUAUGUAAAAAAUAUUACAUGGAAUACAUUUGAUGCGAAAAGAAGAUAAAAGAGAAUAUGUAGCGUGAUAAUUAUCUAUAAUUACAAAUCGUAAAAAGAUUUCUCCGGCAUAAAUGGAAUAUUAUAGACUGAUAGAAAAAAUAACAAGCGGAUUUUUGAUUAUCGAGUGCUUAACAAUCAUACU